AUGAGGAGUUAGAAAAAGUAGGUUUUCUGUAAAAUUCGAAAUAGCAGAAAUGAUUAAUUGUUCGUCUUGAGCCGAGAAUUCCAAUGGUAUAAAGCACUUGAGUCUACGACAGCCAACGGACAGAAUGGCCAAUAUGGGAAAAUUGGGUAUCAUUUGACUCAGUAUGCUGCACUGAAUCAAAAGAGACCCGUUUUAUGAUUUUUGGGCAGCAAAAAUAGCCAUUUUUCAUAUUUCCUGACCAGUAGGUGGCGUUGUGCCAAAACGCUGCAUGUAGCCUCAGGUUAUGCUUGUGAUGACGUACCAAGACUCAUCUUGAAAUGCUAAAUCUUUGCAAAGAUAUCCAAUUUGGCGAGCUCUUCAUCAAAUUCAUUUGUGUGUUUUUCGAGAAUGGUUGGGUUUAUCAAAAAUCUUUUAAUAAAUUUUUGUCCUGAGCCAAGGAAUCAGAGGAAAAAAUUUGUUUCUAGCAAUUACAGUUCAAAAGUUAUUACCACAAACACAAGUGAAAAUUUGGACAGUUGGUGGUACUAGAGGGAUUGAGUUAGAGACUCCAAAAUUGCUGUAAUUGAUGUUUAGACUCUCUUCUAUUGGUGUGCCAAAUUUCAUAACUUUCCCGCAAGCGGUUCUAUGGGCGGCCAUAGAAUUCAUGAGAGGAAGAAGAAGAUUGAAGAACACUAAAAAUAAUAGGAUCACUAAUGGACCUUCGGUGCUUGGCCCCUAAUAAUAACCAAAAUCUUUACUAAAAAAAUAGGGUUUCAACACUUUGUGUUUAAACCCCUAAAUACAAAGUAAUGCAUACCUGACAGUGAAGAGACAUACAGUGGUGUGUGAGUUCUGAGUGCACGACUCAAGAAACUGACACAGCAAUGCAUGGGGGUUUUCUGGUUACAGAAUCCCCCUGACUGUUCUACCAGUUUCCCUUAAAUACCCAGACCAGAACAAAAGAGUUGUAAUUAUUUACUACACAAAUAUUUUUGGAAUUGUAAUGGGCCUGUUGAUGUGCCCCAAAGGGUUUCACAUGGUUUCGAGGAGAGGAGCAAUGAUUAUCAGAUAUCUUGAAGGGACACCACCCACAACACAAGAACAGAAUUCUUUUAAGUUUUCAAUCUUUCUUAUAAUAUAAGUGACUUCUGCAAAAUUGAGACCAAUCGCACUGAGACAUUUAAAAUGAUAGCAAACAUGAAAAGGAAUCAUAUGCGGUAUAUAGACAUUCUUAGUGGACUUUCAGUGACUUGAGUCAGGUGGAAAGGAGAGGGAGUAGGUAGUGGGGGAUGCACAGAAAUUUGGGCAAGGCGGUGUCCUAAGCCCUUUCUUUGAGAUUUUCUCUCCAGAUUAGUGAGUUUUAUUGUUUUAUUUCUAUUUUAGCAGGAAAACCAGUCUUACAACUCUAAGGUUGUAGGUACAAUUUGAGGACCUCCUUCAGGUGACAGCAGAUAUAUUUGAUGUGGAUCUGUUUAGUUGUCACACCAGUCACAGCUUUGGAAAAACAGGAGAGAGUUAAAAGCGAUCAACAUACCAAAAUAUUCAUAUUUUCACUGGGAUUUUCACUGCAUUAUAUCCGGUCCAGGAUGUCUUGCGUAUCUGAAAGCUCACAACUUAACAAGGUCUUGCGGCAGAGAUAUCUCAGUCUUCCCCAAGGAGACUUCUGUCAAGUCACUUAUGUCUGGAUCGAUGGUUGUGGUGUGGACCUGUUUAGCAAGACUCGAACCAUGGAUUAUGAGCCAAAAAUCAUAGCCGAUAUACCAGAAUGGGAUUUCAGUCAGCAAGGAUCCAGUGCUGAAAUGCUACUGGUUCCCGUCUGCAUGUUCAGGGACCCCUUCCUAUUGGACCCUAACAAACUGAUUCUUUGUGAGGUGCUCAACCACAAAGGGGAACCUGCAGAAUCGAAUCAUCGUAACAGCUGUAACAAGGUCAUGGAGAAGGUCAAAGAUCUCCACCCUUGGUUUGGUAUGGAGCAGGAAUAUACUCUCCUGGGAGUGGAUGGACACCCUUAUGGCUGGCCCAGACUUGGCUUCCCCAAACCACAAGGUAUGUAUAACUGCAGUGUUGGUGCUGACAGAGCCUUUGGCAGAGACAUUAUGGAGUGUCAUUAUAAAGCCUGUCUGUAUGCUGGCAUCAAAAUCAGUGGAACUAAUGCAGAGACCAUGCCUUCUCAGUGGGAGUUUCAGGUGGGUCCAUGUGAAGGAAUUGAGAUGGGAGAUCAUCUGUGGAUGGCACGUUACCUGUUACAAAGGGUGUGUGAAGAUUUUGGAGUGGUGGCCACCCUGGAUCCAAAACCCAUGACAGGAGACUGGAAUGGAGCUGGUUGCCACAUCAAUGUGAGCACAGAGCAAAUGAGAGAAGAGGGAGGAAUUGAGCACAUUGAGAAAGCCAUUGAGAAACUGAGUAAGCGGCAUGCAGAGCAUAUUCGAGUCUACGACCCAAGCGGUGGCGAGAAUAACAAGCAGCGCCUCACGGGUCUUCGGGUGUUCUCCAGCAUCCAUGAUUUCUCAGCAGGUGUCGCUAACCGCAGGGCGAGUGUCCGUAUUCCCCUACGGGUGGCUCAGAACAAACGUGGUUACUUUGAGGACCGCCGUCCUGCCGCCAACUGUGACCCAUAUGUUGUGACCUGCGCAAUGGCCCGCACAUGCAUGCUGGAAGAGGAGGAAGAAUUUAAAUGGAAUUUUGGAAACAAAAAUAAUGGUUGUUUAAUGUUAGAAUGAAUACUCAUCUAAUAUUGCAUAUAAUUGAUAUUUCUUUCAAGUUUAAGAAUUAAAAUAAAAAUCAAUAAAAUAAAACAAU